AUGGAGUUUAGGGCUCCCUCUGUCUCGUAUGCGCUAGGUCUUCAAGAUCGCCUGAAAUCCCAGGAAGCAAUAUUGAAGCAGCUGCACGAUGCUGCCACCAACGAAGAGAAAUCACAGCUUUUAGAGGAGUACUUUAACAACAGUAACGCGUCGUACAAACCUCGGAGAGCCUCACAGGCAAAUUCACAUAUGAAUUCCCACCAGGAUAGAGCUGACCCUCGGGCCGCUGCCAAUGUUGAGGUCGACGACUCGUCCGAGGAUGAAGUCACGGAGCUACUCAAUGAAACAACUGUUGGGGAAGAUGGACGUAUCUAUUUUUAUGGGCGUACCAGUCACUAUCACCUACAUCCGGCGCAGAUCUGCGAAUCCGGCGCUGCGGAGAGAGGACUAUCUGAGGCUAUACGAUACCGAUCCGCUAUCCACAAAGAUCCAUCUCCAGGAACAAGUCCACAAACAGAUUGGGGAUCUAUAUUCACAACAGAUAUCUCUCAGGAGCUAGUCAGUGACCUUAUACAUUCAGGGCCGUAUGUGACAGUCUUCCUUCUCAACUGCACGCUGGCCCAAGCCGCUCGUUUCUCAGAUCGGCAAGACGCGUCCGAUCUCAGCGCAUAUUUUGCCAAAAAGGCACUCAACGAGCUAGCAGAAGAGAUUGAUCGUGGAUCGUCCAUUCCGACUUUACAAGGGUUAUUAAUUCUAUCAGCAAGAGAAUGCGCUGCAGGACGAACAUCUCAAGGAUGGCUGUUCUCAGGCAUGGCAUUCCGUAUGAUGCGCGAUCUCGGAAUCCAUAUCCAUCCAAAAUCCCUAAGCCACCUUGAGGGCCAGUUUUCACUGGAAGAUCUAGCCCUUCGCCAACAGAUCUUUUGGAGUUGCUAUACUUGGGAUAAGACUAUGAGUCUGUGUCUUGGUCGAGCGCCAACCAUACAUGAAACGAUGCCCGUUCCUAGCCCGGAGACCUGGCUUGACGAAGAACCAGAAAACGAAACCUGGUCCCCUCAUUUUCGCUCCUCAAUUCCUUCAGAUGUAGGGUGCAUAUCCCAAAGGUCAUACACCAACAGUCGAUUUUCCGCCUAUUGCACUCUUUGCAUCAUAAUAGAUGACGUGCUGGACACAUUGUAUUCCCGACCACAUCACGCCGGAAGUCAUCUGAACGGCUAUUUAGAUCGGAUCAUGGGUAAACUCGAAGACUGGUCCAAAGAGCUCCCCUCUCAUCUAUACAUCGCUAAAAAUGACCGGAUCAUAUCAUGCCCUCCUCUCCAUAUUCUUCUCCUCAACCUUCUCUAUCAUGCUACCAUUAUUUUACUCUGUCGCCCAUAUCGAACCCAAGAUUCGUCCGCGAGGGCAACGGCAACAAAAGCUGCGGAGAUGAUUGACCGCCUGCUAACACUACAUGUCCGACGAUUUGGUUUCAGAGUCCUCACGUACCUCGAGACAUAUACUGUUUUCGUCGGUGCCACAAUCAAUAUCUUGGAUCUCAAACAGUGUGAAGGUGAAGAAGCAGAAGCUGCUAAUGCUAGAUUGGCCUUCAGCAUGGAGGUUUUGCGAAAUGCUCAUAGCACUCCAUCCACUCUUAAAUGCGUCGAAAUCAUCGAACAAUGCCUGCGCAACGACAACCAGGCGACGAGUAAAGUCCAUAGUGAAGAGAGGAGGAACGGAGGAUCCAAAACUCCACAUUCCCUAGGCUCACCUCAGACUUCGAAUCAUGAGCCACGUCAACAGCAAAGAGCGCCCCAACUGGCAGUACCUCCAUCGCUUCCUGUCAAUAGCAGGCCGUCAUUUCUGGCGCCUCACGCCCAAUACCAAAAUCCGGUCAACAGCACGGCUAUAUACGAGUCAAACCAGUUGGGCACGGAUCCAAACGAGACAAUAUUAUCCAACGAAUCACCACCAAUGCAGACCAAUGAAGGUUUCCCCGUCGAUACGCCACUUCGAUGGUUGCCAGACAACGUGCGGGAUGACUGUACUUGGAUGAUGAUGGGAAUGGAUUUCGCCUAUCCUCAGGAUAUCUUGCGAAAUUAG